AUGGGAUCUGUCGCGCUUCCUUACAUGGAGACCAAGCCCAAGGUCAUCUUCUUCACCGAUUUCGAUGGCACAAUUACCGUUGAUGACAGCAAUGACUUUAUGAUUGACAACCUUGGAUUUGGCGCCGAUCGCCGCCGCGUGUUGAACAAGCAGGUCCUCGAGGAGACUCUGGGCUUCCGUGACGCUUUCCGUGAGAUGCUUGGGAGCAUCAAGACCCCAUACGACGUUUGUAUCGAGACACUGCUGAAGAACAUGAAGCUGGACCCAUACUUCGAAGAGUUCUACUACUGGGCCGAGGAGAACAAUGUCCCCAUUGUCAUUCUGUCCUCUGGCAUGUACCCGAUCAUUAGCGCCUUGCUUGAGAAGUUCUUGGGCCACAAGCCCCGCAGCCAUCUUACCAUCAUCGCCAACCAGGUGACUGGUCGUGAUGGCAAGGAUAUUAACAGCGAGGGUGGCUGGGAGAUCGUGUACCACGAUGAGAGCUCCUUCGGCCACGACAAGUCUCUCGAGAUCCGCCCAUACGCCGCCUUGCCAGAUGGGCAGCGCCCGGUUCUUCUAUAUGCUGGUGAUGGCGUCUCUGAUCUAUCAGCUGCUGCAGAGACCGACCUCCUGUUUGCGAAGGAGGGCAAAGAUUUGGUUACCUUUUGUGAUCGCCGAGGAAUGCCAUACACCACCUUCCAGAACUGGUCCACAAUCCUAGCGACCACCAAAGAUAUCCUUGCUGGAAAGGUGUCGCCCAGCGAUGUGGCCAAGAAGAACACUGUUUAA